CAGGGAGGCGAGCUGUUCGCGCGAGGGGUGUGAGUGGGUCGCAAGGCGGGCACUUGGUGGCGGUGACGGCGGUGGUCUCGGCAUGUUUUUGGCCCGGGGGAGACUGUGCACCCUUGGCAGUAGACCUAAAUUCCUGAAGACAAUUUGUGCUUCAAAAAUCCUUGGACUCUCUACUUCUGCUAAAAUGUCUUUGAAAUUCAAAAAUGCAAAACGAAUUGAAGGCCUUGAUAGCAAUGUGUGGAUUGAAUUUACCAAGUUGGCUGCAGACCCCUCUGUUGUGAAUCUUGGCCAAGGCCUUCCAGAUAUAUCCCCUCCUGUAUAUGUAAAGGAAGAAUUAUCAAAGAUUGCAGCAAUUGAUAGUCUGAAUCAGUACACACGGGGCUUUGGUCAUCCAUCACUUGUGAAAGCUCUGUCCUGCCUAUAUGAAAAGUUUUAUCAAAAUCAAAUAAAUCCAAAUAAAGAAAUCCUUGUGACGGUAGGAGCAUAUGGAUCUCUUUUUAAUGCCAUUCAAGGAUUAAUUGAUGAGGGAGAUGAAGUCAUAGUGAUAGUGCCUUUCUAUGACUGCUAUGAGCCCAUGGUGAGAAUGGCUGGAGCAAUACCUAUUUUUAUUCCCCUGAGACCUAAACCUGUUGAUGGGAAAAAAUGGUCUAGUUCUGACUGGACAUUAGAUCCUCAAGAACUGGCAAGCAAAUUUAAUUCCAAAACCAAAGCUAUAAUACUAAAUACUCCGCAUAACCCCCUUGGCAAGGUGUAUACCAAAGAGGAACUCCAAGUAAUCGCUGACCUUUGCAUCAAAUAUGACACACUCUGCAUCAGUGAUGAGGUUUAUGAAUGGCUUGUAUAUAGUGGAAAUAAGCAUUUUAAAAUAGCCACUUUUCCAGGUAUGUGGGAGAGAACAAUAACGAUAGGAAGUGCUGGAAAGACUUUCAGUGUAACUGGCUGGAAGCUUGGCUGGUCCAUUGGUCCUAAACAUUUGAUAAAACAUUUACAGACAGUUCAACAAAACACCGUUUAUACUUGUGCGACUCCUUUACAGGAAGCUUUGGCUCAAGCUCUUUGGAUUGACAUCAAGCGCAUGGAUGACCCAGAAUGCUACUUUAAUUCUUUGCCAAAAGAGUUAGAAGUAAAAAGAAAUCGGAUGGUACAUUUACUUGAAAGUGUUGGCCUAAAACCCAUAGUUCCUGAUGGGGGAUACUUCAUCAUUGCUGAUGUGUCUUUGCUAGAUACAGACCUUUCUGAUAUGAAGAACAGCAACGAACCUUAUGACUAUAAAUUUGUAAAAUGGAUGACUAAAAAUAAGAAAUUGUCAGCCAUCCCAGUUUCAGCAUUCUGUAAUGCAGAGACCAAAUUACAGUUUGAGAAAUUUGUGCGAUUUUGCUUCAUUAAAAAAGACAGUACACUGGAUGCUGCUGAAGAAAUCAUCAAGGCAUGGAGUAGACAGAAGUUUUGAUACAUGCAGACUGCAUUGUUUCUAUUAAAUGACUUAGUAUGGAAUUAUUUAGUACUGCUACUUGCUGGGUAUUGAAAAAAAAAAUGUCAGUACAAAUGAAAUUUAAAGGACUAUUUCCACUGUUAAUCCCACUCCUGACAAUAUUCAGGAGAUCUGAUCUUUUUUUCAGCUGAAAUGUAUUAAAACACCUUUUAGACCAUUUUAUGAGUCAGUAUAGUGCAGUGGUAAGAACUGUGAGAUGCUGG